AUGCCCAAACAGCCGCGGGACAGCGGCCGCGUCACCUUCUACCCGUACGACCGGCAGUACGGCUGGCGGCCCUCGAUCGGCGAUCAGGACGCGCUCUCGUCCCAGCUGUACUCGGGCAAGGUGCUGGCCGCCGCCUGCGAGCGACGCUGUGUGCUGCUGUUCGACACGCUCACGCGGCGGAUCGUGCACACCGUCGAGAACGCUCACCAGGGCUUCGUCAACUGCGUCAAAUUCCUGGACUGUCGCAUGUUCGCCUCGUGCUCGGACGACAAGACGGUGGCGAUCUGGGACGUGCGCAACCUGCGCCAGAAGGUGCACUGCCUGGAGGCGCACGCCAACUGGGUCAAGAACAUCGAGUACCUGCCGCACAAGAGCCUGCUGGUGACCUCCGGCUUCGACAGCAGCAUCUACACCUGGAACCUCAACAACAUCGGGGGCUGCGAGCAGCGGGCGCAGCAUACGCGUGUGCUGCACGCCAGCGGCCUGAUGCGCAUCAGCCUGACGCCAGACUUCAGCAAGCUCGUCAUCUGUACCAACAACGGCUACCUCAUGGUGGUGCACGACGUCGACUUCGACACCAUGCAGGAGGACCUGCGCGGUUUCAAGCCGAGCUUGUACAAGCUGAUGCAGAUCAGCAAGACGCCGUUCCCGGCUGCCGCCCGCUACACCCACCUGUUCGACCUGGGCCGCCGACGCAACCGGAUCGAGUUCAUCACCGACUUCCCCGAGGGGAACGAGGCCGACAUGAUCGCGUCGCUGGCCAUGCACCCCCUCAGUUGGUGCGUGGCGAGUCGCAACACGAGCGGCGACGACGCCACCGAGUGGACGUGCGUGCACGACAUUCAGGACGAGCACCUGCCACCGGCCGCGCUCGACCCGGACGCCUCGCACGACCCGCCCGAGCAGGAGCCGGGCCCGUUCAUCAUCCGCGCCGGGCCGUCGCGGCUGGGCGGCGGCGCCGAGUCUGUGCUGCUAAUCGGCUCGCAGGCGAGCGCGCGCGAGCGCUACCGGCAUGUCGACUUCGGCCACAGGAUCGCGCAGAACGUGCCGCGGCUGGCGCGCUUCAUCGAAGAGCCGAACCUGCAGCUGACGCACGGCUAUAUCAAAGAGUUGUGCUUCAGCGCCGACGGCCGUCUGCUUUGCUCGCCGUUCGGCUACGGCCUGGCCGCCACCACGUCACAUCGCUGCGCGGUCGUGUCGGCCCGCUUCUCGCCGGUCGAGUGUCUGCUGGUGACGGGCUGCCUGGGCGGCGGCGUGGUGUGGCACCAGCCUCGGCUCGCCUCCUGA